AUGGCGUCGUGUCCUGACGCGCGGAAGGCGACCGGUAGCACCCGAAGCCGCAAGACGAGACCGCGUAGGCGCGCACCAACGCACAAGGAGAAGGACGGGACAAUGGCAGUGGACGCGAAGCACGAGACGAGCGACGGGACGGCCGACGAGAAGAAGUUGCGGCGCCGGAGACGACGUGGAGAAGAAGAAGAAGAGGAGGAGGAGGAGGAAGAAGAGGACGAGAUGGAGGCAGACGAGAAAGAAGAAGGAGAAGAAGAAGAAGAGGUGGAUGAAGCAAACGGUCAAGAGGAGGAGCAGGAAAAGAGGACAAUGUUACGAGAGGAGCAGCAGCAGCAGCAACCGGUUGCCCAGGACACGCUUCUGAGGCGAACGUAUCUGCAGCGAAUUUACCGACAGCUGCAGAACACGCAUCCAGAGCAGGAAGAUAUGAGGAUUCGGCAGCUUGCGACGAAUAUUGAGGUGCAGGUGUGCCAAAAGGCGAAGACGCGGAAUGUCUACGUAGCGGCAAUGGAUCAAGAGAUUCAUAAACUCUUGCAGGUCGAAAUGGCCCAAGCUAACAACGCUGUCCUGUUUUCAAGCGCGAGUCAACGCUUUGACAAUUCGCACCACGAGACUCAGGUUCAACAGUCGGCAGUGUCGAGGGGGAUGCAAAGUAAUUACUUGACGAAUCAAUCCUCACAGGCGCGCAGUUACGAGUACGCUCUGGCACCAUCUCGGGACACGAAUAGCAGCGACGGUCCGUCGGCAUUCUCUGCGCCAAGCCAGUCUAGUAGCGACAGGUUUUCGACAUUUUCUGCAACGCGUCAGUCGAUGAGUGCAGCAAACUCGUUCCAGUCGAUGAUGAGUGACCAGACGCAGUCGUGUGGACCUAACGAUGCGCACAAACAACUACAACAACAGACGAACGCAAUCAACCGAGGCAUGAGCACGCAGAGCCACCGGCAACAGAGAGACCGAUGUUAUCCGUCCACUAUGGUCAUGUCGCCAUCUCGUCAGAACUUUCCGGUCCAGAGUAACGUCGAAAAUUCGCCAAGACAAGCUGUAUCCCGCGGCAGUAUGGAAGGACAACAGCAGCUUGACGAUUUCCGAAAGCACCCACAGUACAUACAUCGAUCCGACUCGACGCACACGCAGCAACGUGUUGCUACCUUUCAAGAAUUUUCAGCUCAAAUCCAGCAUCUGGACAAAUCUGUGCUCAUUGAGUUGUUGUGGAAUCAAAGGAAUGCGUUGGCCCAGUGGCAGCGUCAAGCAAAACAGCUUAAGCUCCAGCUUUUUGCACAGCAGAACGCUGGUGGAAGUGCAAAAAGCUACAACUCACUUAUCGCAGGUGGAGGCAACUAUCUUGAUCCCAAGGUAUCUGCGGACGCUGAGUUGCAUCAAUAUCGGGAACAGAACAACUCUCGGAGAUCACAGUACUUCUGGCCACAGCAACACAAUGGGGGCAGUUCCGCCAGUAGGCAAGCGUCUGUUGGCGGCGCAAAUCAAGCAGAUUAUGCACAAGUGUACUGGGACAAAGUGCAAGCGUUGAAGAGGGCACACGCCGAACAGCUGCACGUUGCAAAGCGAGCGUUGGCCAAUAACUGCGCACCUCCCAACACGCUUUACAGUGUGAAGGCCCAGUCCGUGAUGAACAAUAUUGGCUUGGUGAUCGAUAUCCUGCACGAGCAACCCACGAACGUGCAGCCACGAAAGUUGGACGUGCUGACCUCGAUUGAGCGCUUCAUCCAGAUAACAGUGGUGCCCAUCGUACGGAAAGUCCAGUGUUCAUUUGCUCCUCCGACAUCGCAACCCACGAGAGCUUCGAGCUCAUUACCAGCAACAGAAACGAGUUUUGCUACGCGCGAUUCAGGGACGUUGCCUUCUCGAGAUGAUGAGGUGGGAAUGUCCGGGCAAAGAACGGAUUAUGAGCAUACUGCAUCUGGAUGGUCACCUGACACUUUUUCGGGCAUACGGAACUUGUCACGACAAUCGUCGCGUGAAACGUGUUCAGAUUCUACCGAAUCAGACAGUUUUUCGGGCAGACUUGGUGAAGAUGGCAGCAACAGCCCGACACAAAUGAUGGAUGGAUUCUCUCCGGUAGUCGGAAGCAGCACAACCGGCAGCGUGUGUGCAGUUUCCGAGUACGCACCGGUAAGACCGGAAAGCAUCGGAGCUACGGCAAUGCAAAAGGAAGGCCCAAACACUGACCAGGCAUCGGUGUUUGAGGCAAGGAGAGGGCAAGAGGAACAGUAUCUUCCUACGUCUGAGCUCCGUGGGCCGACAGAUCCCGACUUGCGACCUCCCAGUUCGCCAGGUGGUGUCACGAAGGAGAGUAAGGAGUUGCAGACGAACGUAGACGACUUGAACGAUUUUGCCGACUUUCCCGAGCUGACUUUUGACGAAGACAGCAGCAGUUUUGCAAAAGAAAACGUCCUGUCGACCGUGUCGAGGAAGCGAGGAAUCGAAGAGGUGUGA